AUGGCUCGUUCUCAUUCUAUCAUAGUGGGAAUUGAUUUUGGCACCACGUACUCUGGUGUUGCCUUUGCUCGAGACGCCGAGCCAGACCGGGUACACUUUGUUUCGAGCUGGAGCUCGCCCAACCUUUACUGCUUCACGAAACGAAAAGUCCCUACUGCUAUCUACUAUGACGGUAACAGUAAGACACCAACAUGGGGCUAUGAGGUGAGGUCAGAGCAAAAUGCUUUGCGAUGGUUUAAACUCUUACUGCUCGAUGAUGAACACAUGCCCGCCCAUAUCAAAAACACGAAAUAUAUUCGAACUGCAAAAUCCUUGCUAAAAGCGGAAAACAAACAUGUGACAGAGGUCAUCGCGGACUACCUUCGACUGCUAUGGGAGCACAGCCUGCAAGUGAUAGAGAGGGCCAUAGGAGAGAGCAUGGUCAGACUCUCAACCUUCAAAUUUGUGGUAACUUUGCCAGCAAUUUGGCCAGCCUAUGCUCAAAUCAGAAUGCAUAGGGCCAUUGCAGCUGCGGGAUUACUAGAUAAGCGAGCGGCUGGCAAAACUAGUUUGACCUUUUUGUCGGAGCCUGAAGCUGCAGCACUUGCAACACUACACAAAAUGUAUCGAAGGCCAGAUAUAAAGAGAAAUGAUGAUGUUGUGGUCUGUGAUUGUGGCGGUGGUACUGUGGACAUCAUCACCUAUAAGAUCUUAAGGCCGCUUCUCUUAUCAAUUCGAGAAAGCGUCCCCGGCGAUGGGGGGCUUUGCGGUGCAGUACGACUAGAUGAAGCUUUUGGGCGUGUACUAAAGAGCAAGAUGCCACGGGAAGUCCUAGAAGCUUUGUCUCGUGAAGAGUGGCAAAGAAUUCUUAAUGAUAAUUGGGAAAACGGCAUCAAGCCUGGGUUUACAAAUAAUAAUAAGUCGUGGACCGUCCGAAUUCCAUAUUGUGCGAGUCUAGCCGAUGUUGGACAUCCCCAGGAUAUUAUACUUGGAAGAAGAGAUGAUAUCUGGUCCGUCUUUAAGGAUGUCUUGGGCGAGGUUGCAUCGUUAGUCUUGGGCCAAAUAAGGGAGGCCCAUAGGAAGUACAGGAGACCGCCCAAGUAUGUACUGCUUGUAGGCGGUUUUGGAAGAUCUCGUGCUCUGUACGACUAUCUCCAGAAGGAGAUUAGGUUAAAGUUUAAGAGUAUCCAAAUCCUCCAAGACGAAGGUAAUGACCCAUGGACAGCAAUUUGCGAGGGAGCAGUAAUAAAUGGCUUGAAGAAGGAGCAAUCUCAAAACUCAGCACAACACAGCUUAGUUGACUCCAGAUUUGCUCGGGCUAGCAUUGGAACUACAUACAAUGCCCUCCCUUUUGAUGAGGAUAUCCACGAUAUAAAUGACAAGGAGUGGUGCCCUGUGCAACAAGAUUAUCAGGCCUCGGACCAAAUCCACUGGUUUAUUUAUAAGGGCGAGGUGGUUAACGGGAAUGAGCCUGCUGUCUUUGACUUCUUCCAGGCCUUAACAGAACAGCCUACGGAAAUCGUAAACGAGAUGGUGUAUUCUCUGGCUGAAACUCCACCAAACAGAUUUGAUCAUACCGUCAGGUUGCUUUGUCGCAUGCGAUGGUCAUAUAUCCCAGAUAUUACUGUGCUUCCAGAGAAAACGAAUGACGACGGCCAUAUAUUUUACGAAUUACCCUACAAAAUCGAGAUGGUAACACAAGGAAUCUCGCAAGACUUUCAGGUCUUCUACGAAGACAAGAUAGUUGCGGCGCACAGCGUGAGCGAGUCUCUAAAGACGGAUGUGGUUGAAGACGAUUAA